CAAAACGUUCUUCUGAAAAUAUUUUUCCAAAUUUUCUAAAUUAUAAUGAUUUAAUUGGUUCAAUUCCUAAGUUACCUGGUGCCCCAAAAGUAUUUAAGAAAUUAGAAAGUUUUACUUCAAUGAUAGGAGAUCAUGAAAUGAUUUGCCCAUUAUAUGAAUCAUUGAAAUUAAUUUGUGAUAAUAUUUUAAACAUGGAUUUGGAAUUAAACUCAUAUUCUCAAGUGCAAUUGUUAACAAAACUCAUUAAUGUUCAAAAAUAUUUAGAAAAUUUAUCAAUUGUUGCUAAUUAUCAUUUGAAUCAUCGAAAUAGUAAUUCUUUAUUAUUAUGGGCUAUCAUUAGUCAAAAAGAAACAUUAAAGAGUCUUCGUUUAAAUUCU